GAGAUUCGUUUGAAGUCAGUUCUUCGAAUAUUUUCGAAAGAGAGAAUGAGGACUCUUAUUUAAUCUCAAUUUGAUCUUUGCAGCCAUAUGCAUUUUAAUAUGUGUUCAUGCGGUUAUUCUUCUCUUUGUUCGUUUGCAGAUCCAGUAACUUUUGUAGUUUCCACCCACGUCGUCCCUUGAUAAACCUGGUACAGAUCGUCCGUUUCAAGCGGCACGAACCCAUCAACUUUCACCUGAGAUCUUUCCAUCACACAAAACAAGCAUCCCAUCUUUCCAAACUCUCUGCAGGUUGGCUCUCGACAAUGUCGCGAUCGCAGCAAGCCGUCCCUCGCUGUCUCUCAUUGAUCCUUGUGCUCGCCGCGCUAUUGCUUCGCCCAUGCGAUGCAGACGUCGGCACCGCCAGUCACUACGAUCCUCCAUACACGCCGACUGCUUGCUUCGGGUACGAUCCGCUGCAGUUUCCCUCAAGUUUCCUGUUCGCGGCUGCCGGGGAAGGGAUUUGGGACAACGGCGCCGCUUGCGGGAGGCAAUAUUGGGUGCGGUGCAUAAGCGCUGACCGGCCAAAGACCUGCAACCCGGCCCAGUUGGUCCAAGUCAGGAUCGUGGACCGGGCGCUCAGCGCAGUCUCCCGGUCCUCGUCGGACCGUGCCACCAUCGUCCUGUCCAAGACCGCGUUCGAGGCCAUUGCGAAUCCGUCCGCAUCAUCUGUCAAUGUCGAAUUCGUGCAGGUUUGAAGUGAUCAGGAUGAUACCUGGGAAGCAAAGCAAAGCAAAGUAGGGUUUUAAGGAAAAUUGUAUAUGACGUUACUAUAAUUGACUAUGUUCCUCACUAUAUAUUAAGGGUCUAUUUGUUUGAAGGAAAAUUAUUUUCCAACUU